AUGGAGGGCUGCUGCCGUACCUGCAUGCCGUGUUUGAAGCGCCUCUGGGACUACAUCUGGCCGGACUUCCGCUACCCGAGCGUACCUAAUCAUAUCCGGACGGUGUCGGGUGACAUCCGCGUGCCCUCGCCCAAGAAGAGGCCGGUCCAACUCUACGCCGCGCUCUUCGACUUUGAGGCCCGCAGCGACGAUGAGCUGACGGUCCGAGAGGGCGACAAGCUUUCGGUUCUAGAGCAACGAGGCGACUACGUGCUGGCCAAGAAACUGACUGGAUCGCUCGAGUCCGGACUCAUCCCUGCCAACUAUGUGGCAGUUCUACAGGACGAGUUCGCCAAACACAAGUGGUACUAUGGCAACAUCAACCGGAUCAAAGCUGAGAAGCUGCUGCUGGCCCCUCAAAACAAGGAUGGCUGCUUCCUGGCACGGAUUAGUGAGAGUCACAGUGAUGAGUACACCAUCUCAGCCCGGAGCGACGGGAAGGUGCUUCACUUCCGGAUCCAGCGUUCCUCCAUUGGGGCCUAUUUUGUAUCUGACAAGAUUUCUUUUGGCACGCUGGGCGAGCUGGUCUCAUAUUACCAGAAGAACCCUCGCAGUCUGGGCGUGCUGCUGGCGGAACCUUGUGCUCAGCAGCGGGAACUAUACGACAUGGAGCCUUGGGAGAGACCUCGCGAGGAGUUCAAGUUGCACCGAAAGUUGGGUGAAGGCCACUUUGGAGAAGUGUGGGAGGCACUGUGGACCACCGAGAAUAAGCGAGUGGCCAUCAAAAUGCUCAAACAAGAGGACACUAAACAGGACGAGUUUGUGAAGGAGGUGCAGGCGCUGAAAAGCCUUCACCAUCCCAAACUAAUCCAGCUGCUAGCCAUGUGCUCCCGAGGAGAACCCGUCUACAUUGUGACUGAGCUAAUGAGCAAAGGAAGCCUCAAGUCCUACUUGGCCUCUGUUGAAGGUCAGGUGCUGACCUCUGCACACCUCAUCUACAUGGGCAGUCAGGUUGCUGAGGGGAUGGCCUACCUGGAAGACAGGAGCAUUGUCCAUCGAGACUUGGCGGCCAGAAACAUCCUGGUGGGAGAGGACCUGAUCUGCAAGGUGGCAGACUUUGGGCUGGCUCGCAUUAUCAAGGACAGCGUUUACACUGCAAGCCGGAGCACCAAGAUUCCCGUGCGGUGGACGGCGCCCGAAGCCGCGAUUCACCAGAAGUUCUCCGUUAAGUCGGACGUGUGGUCCUUUGGCGUUCUCCUCUAUGAGAUGAUGUCGCGUGGGAAAAUGCCCUACGAAGGCAAAAACAACAAGCAGGUGUUGGAUCUCCUGACGUCAGGUGCUCGUCUGGCGUGUCCAAGCAGAUGUCCUCACAACAUCUACCGCAUUAUGAUGGACUGCUGGGCCGCCGAGCCUUCUAAGAGACCCUCUUUCCACGCUUUGCACAGCCAGCUGGACUCUAUUUAUGCUCGUAUCUACUUCAAGACCAUCGAGGUGUGA